UAAAAUAACUGCACAUGCAGCCAUUAAAAUCAGUCAAUUUUCUCGUCCACUCGUCAUUUCUUUAUCAAACAUGGUCUAAAGAAAAGCGCGCCCUCGACCGUGAGACAGGCAAGCUCUCCAAUCAUCAACAUCAGCUCACGCAACCAAACUAUGCCGGCAACCAAUGAGAGGCUGGAGUGGGCGGAUUCAAGUCAGCCACCAUGCUCAAAAUCAACAACACCGCAUGAGUCUCGAUAAAGCGGUACUGUACUGGAUAGAAAUUUAUUGUGUUUAUUUUAUUAAUUUACCGUUUUGUCUGAAACAUUCCCAGAUAAAAAUAUAUAUACUAUAUAUAUUCCCAAAAAACUGGCGCUUGCUUAAUUUUGCCAGAGACUGAGACUAAAGAAUUCUUCUUAUACGUAAGAAUAAUCAAUUCUUACGAAAAAAAUAAUAACAUAAAGCUGGGAAAUAAAAUAAAUAUCGCUAGUUUCACACUGGUUUGGAAACGAACGGAACACAAACGGGGUGAAAGAAAACAUGUUGAACAUGGAGCCUGUCCACAUUAAAGAGGAGGUCCCCAAACUGGAGCCUGUCCACAUUAAAGAGGAGGCCUCUGAACUGGAGCCUGUCCACAUUAAAGAGGAGGUCCCUGAACUGGAGCCUGUCCACAUUAAAGAGGAGGCCCCUGAACUGGAGCCUGUCCACAUUAAAGAGAAGGUCCCCAAACUGGAGCCUGUCCACAUGAAAGAGGAGGCCUCUGAACUGGAGCCUGUCCACAUUAAAGAGGAGGCCACUGAACUGGAGCCUUUCCACAUUAAAGAGGAGGUCCCUGAACUGGAGCCUGUCCACAUUAAAGAGGAGGCCUCUGAACUGGACCCUGUCCACAUUAAAGAGGAGGCCUCUGAACUGGAGCCUGUCCACAUUAAAGAGGAGGCCCCUGAACUGGAGCCUGUCCACAUUAAAGAGGAGGCCUCUGAACUGGAGCCUGUCCACAUUAAAGAGGAGGUCCCCAAACUGGAGCCUGUCCACAUUAAAGAGGAGGCCUCUGAACUGGAGCCUGUCCACAUUAAAGAGGAGGCCUCUGAACUGGAGCCUGUCCACAUUAAAGACCUCGAAAGACAGCAGCUGCCUCAUGGACGAGAGGAGGUCCCCCAUACCUGCAACAAAUGUGGGAAGAGUUUUAAAAACCUCAGGACCCUGACAAGGCACCAGCCGGUUCACAUUGGAGCGACUCCGUAUCGCUGCGCCGACUGUGGAAAGAGCUUCAGUCGGAAGGAGAAUUUUAAAAGACACGGGCUAGUCCACAGCGGGGAGACCCCGUAUCAGUGUAGCGACUGCGGGAAGAGUUUCCGAGAAAAGGGCACCCUUAAAAAACACCGGCGUCUUCACUCAGGAGAGAAACCGUAUCACUGUACCGAAUGUGGGAACCAAUACAGUGCAAUAACAAGCCUUAGAAAACACCAAGUCAUUCACACGGGCGGGCCCCGGUAUGCCUGUCCGGAAUGCGAGAAGAGCUUCAAAGACCCCGGGACCCUCAAAAGACACCAGCGCAUUCACACAGGGGCCACCCCGUUUGACUGCGCCGAGUGCGGAAAGACUUUCAGUCGUUUAGAGAACCUUAAAAGACACCAGUUGAUUCACAGAGGCGAGAUGCCGUAUCUCUGUAGCGAGUGUGGAAGGAGUUACAGAGAGGCAGCGUGUUUAAAAAUACACAUGAGAUUCCACACAGGAGAAACUCCUUACCACUGUACUGAUUGUGGGCAGAGUUUUAAAUGGUCACGGUCCCUUAAAAAACAUAAGCAAAAGCAUGUGUAAGGGUCUGUCCAGGCAAACGCAUGUGUAAGGGUCUCUCCAGGCAAACGCAUGUGUAAGGGUCUCUCCAGGCAAACGCAUGUGUAAGGGUCUCUCCAGGCAAACGCAUGUGUAAGGGUCUCUCCAGGCAAACGCAUGUGUAAGGGUCUGUCCAGGCAAACGCAUGUGUAAGGGUCUCUCCAGGCAAACGCAUGUGUAAGGGUCUCUCCAGGCAAACGCAUGUGUAAGGGUCUCUCCAGGCAAACGCAUGUGUAAGGGUCUGUCCAGGCAAACGCAUGUGUAAGGGUCUCUCCAGGCAAACGCAUGUGUAAGGGUCUCUCCAGGCAAACGCAUGUGUAAGGGUCUCUCCAGGCAAACGCAUGUGUAAGGGUCUGUCCAGGCAAACGCAUGUGUAAGGGUCUCUCCAGGCAAACGCAUGUGUAAGGGUCUCUCCAGGCAAACGCAUGUGUAAGGGUCUCUCCAGGCAAACGCAUGUGUAAGGGUCUGUCCAGGCAAACGCAUGUGUAAGGGUCUCUCCAGGCAAACGCAUGUGUAAGGGUCUGUCCGGGCAAACGCAUGUGUAAGGGUCUCUCCAGGGUCUUUCCUGUGCCCAGAGAGGGAUUCAGCAUACUAGAAUAUACAAUGCUGGAGUUCUCAUAUAUAUAUAUAUAUAUAUAUAUAUAUAUAUAUAUAAUGGUCUUAAUAGAAAAACAUAAAAUAAAAUAUGCCCAUAAAAAAGUACCAUGUACCUCGUUAGCGGUACCGCUUUAGCAACACGUGUGCUUUAAAAUAAAAGUCUUGGUGUUUUCAAGUAGCACUCGUCUGAAUUCCUGUAGGAAAGAGACCGGACUGUCUUGGUAAACAGAGUGGAGUACAAUCAGCUGAUAUAACAGUUUAAAAAACAAAAAUAUACCGUAUUCCUUUGAAUUUAAGACGCAGCCCAAAUAUCCCACCCUCAACUUGAUGAAAAAAUAAAAAAAAUCAAACUAUAUAAGAAAAUGAUGUGUUGAGGCAGUUUACAGCCAUCUACUGUCACACAGAGCAUUACAGUUAUGAGCUGCUUCUCAUUUCCAGUUGUGAUUACUCACACAUGUUUUUCUCCCUUUUUGUGAACUGUGGUAUUGCUUGGCAAGUAGAAAAAUACAGGGGGUCUGAUUAGAACUGAGCCUAACAAUGAAAUGCUGCUGCUACACAUUAAACAAUCUGAAAUACACACUCAAUUUAAACUGAAUGUGUUAAAAAAAACGCUUAGCAAUUUUGCUGCACAGCCUGUCUGCCUCCCCUAAAACUUCCAUUAACAACAACAUCUCCCCGAAUACAUUGUCUUCAGUUACUAGGAAACUGUACACAAGAAAAACCAACCCAACAAGCAUUAUCCAAUCUCUGGCUAGCCCUGCUGUCUUUGCAGGCAAUCACAGUAAGAAUAAGAAAAAAAUCGCCAGCAAGUUACACAGGUCGAAGUAAAAACUGGAGUCCAGCUACAAAUCCAACUGGAUUUAUAACUUAUUAAUGCAUUUCCUUAUUUUAUUUAUCUGUAUGGCUUUAUACUGAAGUUAACAUGUUCACUGAGUUUAAGAAUUGAAUGUUAAAAUAUAAGUGAUGUAAUUAAUUUGCAGUCACUGAUACCUCGAAAAAAAAUGCGCUGAGCCGAUAAAGAACCUUGUAGAACACACGCGUGGCUGCACAGGAGUUCAAAGUAACAUUGCAGUUUAAAAUGGAAGGCUCUUUUUGAAUGCCUACCCCAUUACCUUUAAAGAUUGUAUAGUAUUUAUAUGACUUCAAGCUAAUGUUGCAUUUUACCUCCUGAAAAUACAUGAUACUCUCUCAGUCUUAAAAUUAAGGGUAAGUUACUCCCAGACCCCAAAACCUUAUCUGGAGCGCUGCCUACACCUGCUUAACAUGCAUCACUAUACUAUACUUGAAUUUAAUCUUAAAUUCGAAGGAAUACGGUAAUUGUGGGUGUAGUGCAGUGUAUGAAAAAGGAAGUUCAAAAUGGUCACAGUGAAACUGGACAGCACUGACAACGAGAGGCAGCAUCUCAUCUUAAUGAACUCCUACUGAAAUGAGUUGGAUUGACAAGAACACUACAGCGUAGGUUCAUUUCCAGCUCCUGCUGUAGCUGGAGAAUCCCAGCGAACAAACUCCACUCUACAAACUGCACAUGAGAUUUAAUGUUUCAAUACUGGUGUGUUUUACAAAUGCAGACCAACUGACAUAAAAAACCUGCAGACCAGUCAUUGUACAACCUGCAAAACAAAACAGAUAUGCAAGAUCGCUGUUUUGGUGAUGUAUAAAACUGAAGUGUGUCAUUAUCAGCACCUGAUUGUAUGCACACUCCAUUCAUUGAUGGGAUCUUAAUUCAAGUGGCAAAUUAGAUCAUUUUAAAAUGAACCAAUGUUGAUUCUUUGUAAGUUUGCUUAACACUUCAAUAAAGGCGUGUGCUUGGACUCUACCCUUUGUGUGGUCCGUUGCCUCUGUUUGACUCCUGGGCUUCCAAUCUGCAUUUAAAUAAAGAGCUUUUCCCUCUCCGGGAU